UUGCAUUUGGCUAAUGGUUUCACACGGCUUUUCUUUUGUGUGAGGUUAAUAGAAAAUAUGCUAUAGUUGCGUUUCCAAGCAAUAUUUACAACUAGUUAUUGUAUUGGUCCGAUAUUUCUCACAAAAUGGCAUCAGUUUCUACCGCUCCAGCGCCGGGUAUGCACCAAAUCGACUUGUCUAAGUUAAAUCUUCACCAGUUGGCUCAGCUCAAGCAACAACUGGACCAAGAGCUAAAUGUCUUCCAAGAUUCUCUUUCAACUCUAAAGAUGGCUCAAGGCAAAUUCGUCGAGUCUGGCGAGAGCAUGGACAAAAUUACACCUAGCACCAAAGGCAAGAGUAUUCUGGUACCUCUCACAGGCUCCAUGUAUGUGCCCGGUACCAUAGCAGAUACUGAACAUGUAGUAAUAGACAUAGGCACAGGAUAUUAUGCUCAAAAGGACAUAAAAGGUGCUAAAGACUAUUUCAAAAGGAAAACCCAGUUUGUAACAGAACAAAUGGAGAAAAUCCAAGUCAUGGGUAUUGAGAAAUCAAAGGUCCGAGAAGCAAUCUGUAUGAUGAUGGAAAUGAAGCUGCAGGCUCAAGCGCAGGAGCAGAAGCCUUCCACCUCAUAACAAUAGAACACACUGACUCGCUUGCUUGAAUAACAUAUUAAUUUAAUUAAUUAUUUACUUUGUAUUAAUACUGGUAUUAAAGACUAUAUUAUGGAAUUUCACAACAUGUUUAAUAAGGGUUUUCAGCAAUAAUAAUGAUAUUUUAUGAAGCAUUUGUACAGUAUUAUGUCAUACAUUCUACAGCAAGAAUAGGAAAUACUAACAUGCAGAAUUAAAUUUAGUGUAUUUCAGAAUGGCUAGUUUUUAUUCUUCUGUGUAAUGAGAAUUAUCUAGUUGUAUUUUACAUCUCUUCAUCUAAAUUAUUAAUUGAUUGUCAAUUGAUUUGCUUUGAGUUCUGUUUGAAAAAUGCUUUUGUAACUAAUGUGAAAAUGCUUGUAAGGUCUUUAAUUGGAAAACAUGUUUUAUCAAUCACAA